AUGAGUUCUAAAUGUGCGCUGGUGGUAUUGACUCUAGCCUUCAACUGGAUUGAAGACAUAUCUGCGGCCGCAUAUUCUAAAGUACUUGUGCAAAGAGGUCCUGUGGAGUAUGUCAAUUAUAAUCCAUCUUCAGUGGCCUUAAGCCCUCAAUUAGCUCAGUUAUCUGCAGCACCUUUGGAUCAAGUUAUACCUUUACCUGCAGUUUCCCCAUGCGUGUCACCAUGUUUUAUUUCUAACAAUCCACUCUCUGCUCUUGCACCUUUGCCACCCGCAGCUAAUGCAAAAAUUUACGAGUAUAGAUCUGCGUUACCAAAUGUGCCUGUUUUACUAACAAAUAACGAUGAAGCCCGAGGUUACCAAUACGCAUAUGCUGUUUACGAUGACCAAACCGGGGAUAAGAAGGCUCAAAGCGAACGCAGUGAUGGGUCAGUAGUACAAGGGCAGUAUUCAUUCAUUCAACCGGAUGGCUUUCGUCGAGUAGUUGUUUACACCGCGGAUGACUUAAAAGGAUUCAAUGCCGUAGUCAGAAAUGUAUCACCAGAACAAGAACAACCUAAACAAGAUGCACCAGAAGUCAACACCGAAGUAAAAAAACCACCACCUCCUUGCGCUGAUGUUAAGAACGAACAUCUGACCCAAACUCAAGAUAGCUCCGAAGAAAGUCUUGAAAACAUUCACGCAGGAGCAGAAAACGUGGAAAGCAAAAAGGAAGAAGAAGAUAAGGUAGAAAAUGUUAGUGACCAAAAAGUAGAUCAACCCGAUGAACAGCCACUUCCAAAUUCACAACCUUCGAUGACUAGUGCCAAAGUACCAAAUGGUAUCAUCACUUACAAUGACAUUAUCAAUUGCCUUCAAUCUAAACUCCAGAAAAGUGUAAUAUCCCCAUUAACCUAUUUGUUCAACCAAACACACAAAAUGUUCAGCAAAAUCGUAGUUUUUGGUGCCAUGCUUGCGGCAGCUAACGCCGGUCUCCUAUAUGGAUACGCACCCGCCACUUCUUCCCAAAGCAUCAUCCGCCACGACGAGGGCCACUAUGCCGCCCCUAUUGCCUAUGCUGCUUAUGCUCCGGCCGCCCACUACGACGCACACGAUGAAUAUGCUCACCCCAAAUACAACUUCGCGUACUCAGUAGCCGACCCUCACACCGGCGACCACAAGUCUCAGCACGAGAGCCGCGACGGAAACUCCGUGCACGGAUACUAUUCCCUGAUGCAACCCGACGGUUCCGUCCGUAAGGUUGAAUACUCCGCUGACGACCACAACGGUUUCAACGCCAUCGUACACAACUCUGCUCCCUCCGUCCACAUUGCCCCCGCCUACGCCUAUCACCAUUACUGAUUAAAAAAUUUAGUAUUAAGUUAAUUACAUUCCCACAUAUAACUGUAGAAAAUUAUUAAAAAGUGGUU